AUGGCUGAAAAGCGAAAACCAGUUCCAGCGAGCAGCAACAGCCAGCCAAUCGUGAAAAUAGGCCAUUACACACUUGGUGCAACAUUAGGUGUCGGAACUUUCGGUAAAGUAAAGAUUGGAGAACACCAACUAACCAAGCACAAGGUUGCAGUGAAGAUUCUAAACAGACAGAAAAUAAAAUCUCUAGAUGUCGUGGGAAAGAUCAGACGCGAGAUUCAAAAUCUCAAAUUAUUCAGACAUCCUCAUAUUAUUAAAUUGUACCAGGUCAUAUCAACCCCAACAGACAUAUUCAUGAUAAUGGAAUAUGUUUCUGGCGGUGAACUAUUUGACUACAUAGUGAAGAGGGGAAAGCUCCAAGAGCAUGAGGCUCGCAGGUUCUUCCAGCAAAUUAUCUCAGGAGUGGACUACUGUCACCGGCACAUGAUUGUGCACAGAGAUCUCAAGCCAGAGAACUUGCUGUUAGACCACAACAUGCAUGUCAAGAUAGCAGAUUUUGGACUCUCGAAUAUGAUGAUGGAUGGAGAGUUUUUAAGGACUUCUUGUGGUUCGCCUAAUUAUGCUGCUCCUGAAGUGAUAUCGGGGAAGCUUUACGCUGGGCCUGAAGUAGACGUGUGGUCGUGCGGAGUGAUCCUCUAUGCUCUCCUCUGCGGUACAUUACCAUUCGACGACGAACACGUCCCAACACUAUUCAGAAAGAUCAAGUCUGGAAUAUUCCCAAUUCCAGAGUAUCUAAACAAGAGUGUUGUUAGUUUGCUGUGUAUGAUGCUGCAAGUAGAUCCGAUGAAGCGAGCCACCAUCGAAGAUGUAAAGAAACACGAUUGGUUCCAGAAGGAUCUCCCUGGAUAUCUGUUUCCAUCGCCCGUUGAACAGGACAGCAGCGUGAUCGACACGGAGGCAAUAUCGGAGGUGUGCGACAAGUUCGGCGUGAAAGAGCAUGAGGUGCACAACGCGCUGCUGAGCGGCGACCCGCACGACCAGCUCGCCAUCGCGUACCACUUGAUCAUAGACAACAAGCGUAUCGCUGAUGAGGCCGCUAAGGCGGAGAUCAAGGACUUCUAUGUUGCUGGCGGCGCGCACGCGGAGCCGGCGCGGCCGCACCCCGAGCGCAUCGCCCCGCUGCGCGACAGCGGCGCCGCGCACCCGCCGCAGGACAAGGCCAAGGGCACGCCCGUCAAACGGGCUAAAUGGCACUUAGGUAUAAGAUCACAAAGCAAGCCGAACGACAUUAUGCUAGAAGUGUUCCGCGCCAUGAAAGCGCUCGACUACGAAUGGAAAGUGAUAAACCCAUACCACGUCAGAGUGCGCACGCUAAACAAAAUGACGGAAAAACACGUGAAAAUGUCCCUUCAGCUGUACCAAGUGGACUACAAAUCCUACCUUCUGGAUUUCAAAUCUCUAUCGGGAGAGCGUGAGGAGUCUGAAGAGGGCGUCUCCCCUCGCUCCCCGGCUCCCCCUCCCUACCCGUCACCCCCGCCGGCGCAGGGUCACCACACCAUGGAGUUCUUCGAGAUGUGCGCUGCUCUCAUCAUACAACUCGCUCGGUAACCGACCAUCGUGACGUACCAUAGAUACCGCAUUGACAUGCAUGUGUGGGCAUUAAGUAAGCAACCAAGAGUGAAUUAGAAAUGCUUGAUCAAUCAUCUAUAUUCGAAAGUCAAACAUUAACGGGCUUGCGUGAAUUGACCAAUCAGAUCGCUUUAUUGCUAUGCAAUGCUCGUGCGCUGUUCGUGCGGUAUCUAUUGGAAGUAAUCUAUGGACGCGCAAACAUGGCGUCUAGUCCCGCCUGUUUGUACAAACUGACAAAAACAUCGACAUGCAAUAUGUGAAAGAUAAUCAUCAAUUUUCCAUUGUUGUGUCUUUUCCCCUAUAUUUAUAGAGCUUUUCUAACGUGAGCGCCAACGACACUGACACGCAGAUAAUGUAACAUAUAACAAUGUAUAGAAUCGCUGGCACACACUUGAUUGUAGUACAAAAUGAAAUUAAAUCUGCGAUAGGUUGCGUUGCGUCGCCUACGUAUUGGCACUCGCUUAGCCUUUGAUGUGGGCUGAUAAAAUACCGCAGACAAUGCUUUGGACAUCUUUAAUUAUUCUUGCAAUCAAUUGAUUAAAAGCAUUGUUCGAAAAUGGGAUUCGAGUACUUAUUCGUUUGACAUAGUAGUAUAGGCGUUGUGACGGUAACAUCGAUUGUCUUGUCCAUCGAACCCAAUCUCUGUCACCAUUUUUGCCCACUAAUACUAUUAGAGCAAUAUUUAAAUAUAGAUAACAGUCUUUCGAUAGG